AUGUCACGGACGAUCCUCAUAACAGGCGCCUCGUCUGGCCUUGGGCUGGCUUUCCUCAAACACUACACUUCGCAAGAUGGAAGUUCGUCGAUCAUCGCCCUCGACGCAAGCCCUCUCCCGGUAGAGACACAUAAUGCACUCAAAUCAAGCAAUGUAACCUUCGUCCAGACAGACGUCACUUCGUCUCACCAAAUCUGCUCGCUCGCGGCCAAGCUCUCCAAUGAACCCAUUGACCUCCUGAUCCACUGUGCGGGUGUACGGGGUCUGGUCCCAGAGGUAGUCAAGGAGAAAAGAGGAGAUGUCGCUGCGGCAGAGACGAUGGAUGUCAUGGAUCACUCUACUUUCACCAGGGCGUUUGAAGUAAACACCUGGGGCACUUUCAAUGUCGUCACCUCCUUCCUGCCUAACCUCCGCCUGUCGCCAAAUGCAGAGGUGGUCAUUCUCUCGAGCAGAAUGGGGAGUGUGAGCGCGAACAAGGCGGGUGGCGGGUAUGCGUACCGAGCUAGCAAGGCGGCGCUGAAUGCCGUGGUAAAGAGCUUUGUGCUUGACGUACCGGAGGCCACGUUCUUGUUGCUGCAUCCAGGACGUGUGGAGACGAAGCUCGUGGAUUGGAAAGAAGAGGGAGCGAUUAGUCCAGAGGAGAGUUUGCAGGGCUGCCUGAAGGUAAUGGAAGGGCUGACGAAGGAGGAUAGUGGAAGAUUAGUUGAUCGGUUUGGAGUGGACAUCCCAUGGUAG